AAUCGAACAAGUGGCAAUAACACAAACCCUCCUCCUCUUCUCUCAACAUCCGAUGUUUCCCACUUUCAUUUCUUUUGAGGCGAAUCUCUCUGCCUGUUUUUUUUUUUAAAUGUUUGGAUGCAUCCGAUUUCGUGGCUUUAGGUAUCAGGUAUGUAACUAAUUGAAUGUAAAUCAUCAUUUAGCUUUCAGGAAAGAAUCUCGAAUUGGUAUGGGCAUGUUGGGUUCACGGGUUAAUUGUAGGAGAUGGUCACGGAGAAUGAGGUUAUGAGUCUUAUGACUUGUGAAUCUAACUUGAACAGUUUAACCCGUAGAAUGAGAGUGCAAAACGUUUGUUUCGUCACGAGUUUAAAUCUCGAAUCGGAUAGAAAGUGUUAAUACAGUUUCUUUUUUGUCUUAGAAUUAGUUUGGAUCGAUAACAGUUUACCAAAAAAAAAAGGUAGGAUUCGUGUAGAUGGUAAAAAUUACUAAUCGUAAUGUCCAUGUCAAUGUGAUUUCAAAUAACUCUGGAUGCAGAUUUUUAUCAUAUUAUCAUGGCAUCGUAAAAUAUAUUUUAUGGAGAAGUUAAAACUAAUGUAGUAUUCUAUUAUAUACAUAUAUAUAUAUAUAUAUACACGCACACACAAAAAGAGAUACAUGCAAGGUUCAUUUUUUUUGAAAGAGUAGCAAAAGUACAGAUUUUAAUAAUCUCGAUUGCAUCAAAACUCUUUUCUCGAUCGUAUAAUAACAUCAAUGGUCGGUUUUCAACGAUAUUGUUUGGAGUAAUGUAUAUUGUUGGAAUAAUUUGUUGUUGAAAAUCAUCCUUCAUAGAAAAAAGAGAAUGAGAAAAACCCUUGGAAAAACAUUACUCCAUGUAUCCUACAAAUUACACAGAACCAUGGUAAUGCUAGUCGAUUAUCGACGUUUAUUAAUGAUAAUCACAUUUUUAUUUUUUAAAAUUCCAGAUUUCUUUUUUUUUUUUCUAAAAGCCUGGACUCGGGUCAGUCUUCUUCAAUCGAACCUGCCAUGCUCGUUUUGUUCCUUUCAAUGCGAAAAGCCCUCUCCUUUAUUACAAAAACUUAGAAGAUUCGAAGACUUGUUUGUAAUUCGGCGUCUGAAGAUUCACCUGCCAUUUGUCGCAAAGGCCCUUACUUUUAGUGUUUGUGUGAAAAAUCGAAGCUUUUCCCGAGUUCUAUGCGCUCAGACCGCAAUGGUUUUUACAGUUCUUAGUCGAAACCCUUGUUCGCUGACUUACUAGAUGAAAAGUUCAAAUUUUGGAGGAUUUUGAUCCGCUGGGCGGUUUCUGGCCCGAUUUCUGAACCAACCCGUCUCGGCAUCCGUUGCUGAUUCUUAUUUUCUCGGAAUUUCUCUGGAGUUUUCCCGGAAAGAUUUCGUUUUCCGAUAACCCGGAAAGUCACCGCCUUUGUGGUAAUUCUUAGACAAAAGGGAUUAGGAUCGGGUGGUGGAGGCGGUAAAAUGUUGGAUUCGGGGAUGGCCCAACUGCACAAGCGUUCAAAGAGAAUGCCUCUCCGAGACGGGUCAUGGGGCAAAAAUGGAAACUUGAGACGUAGUUGAGUUAAAGGACAGAAACUAUCAUUGCAAAGCUUUCCAGAUAAGAAAAGAGCCGAGAGAGAUGACAACUCGAAUGCUUCUGUUGAAGCCUCACAGCGAGUCAAGCUGGACAUGGUUCGUUCAAUGGGAUUAAUCACGACCAAACAGAAGCGAUCUUCCCCAAAAAACAAUGUCCAAAGUUCAUUGAAGCAAGAGCAGGUUACACAGCUCGAAAAGAGAUUACAAGAUCAGUUUCAGGUGCGUUGUGCUUUGGAAACAGCAUUGGGUUAUCGAGCAUCCCCCUUUUACAUUCCGAGCAAAACAAGUGACAUUCCAAUGCCCAAGCCAGCCACAGAAUUGAUAAAGGAAAUCGCGGUUAUGGAGCUGGAAGUUUUACACUUGGAACAGUAUCUUCUUUCGUUAUACCGGAGAGCCUUCGAGCAACAAAUCUCCUCUGUCUCUCCAAUGUCCGAGAAGGAAAGACAUAAGUCUCGUGUAAUGACCCCUAGACGGCGUCUAGACUUCUCCGAGGCAGAUCAGUCACCCGUCCAGUCUACUAAACCAGUAGACGAUAUUGUUCAUCGUAGCCAUUCUGAGCUCUCUCAACCCUCACCACUCGAGAGUAAGACUUCUCCAGAAGAUUCUUGGGACAGAGCUUCCCGUUCAUGCCACUCACAACCCUUAUCUGUUGUAUCGGAGUAUCCACGGGAGGGGGGAAAUCUAAUCAGUCUGGCUGAACAUCUUGGGACCCGCAUCUCGGAUCAUGUUCCAGAGACAGCCAACAAGUUGUCCGAGGAUAUGAUCAGGUGUAUGUCAGCCAUAUACUGCAAGCUUGCUAAGCCACCCUCUGUGUUUCAAGGCCUUUCAUCUCCAAGCUCAUCGAGCGUGUUUUCCCCUUGUGACCAGUACGAUACAUCUUUUGAUGUACGGUUAGAUAACCCUUUUCAUGUAGAAGGGCUCAAGGAGUUCAGUGGACCUUAUAGCACCAUGGUUGAAGUUCUUUGCAUCUACCGAGAUGCCAAAAAGGCCAGUGAGGUUGAAGAUCUUCUCCAGGAUUUCAAAUCGCUCAUCGGUAGACUGGAAGAGGUCGAUCCGAGGAAGUUGAAACAUGAAGAGAAGCUAGCUUUUUGGAUAAACGUGCACAACGCUCUUGUGAUGCAUGCAUUUUUAGCUUAUGGGAUCCAGAAGAACAACGUGAAGAGAGUUCUUCUGCUACUGAAGGCUGCAUAUAAUGUCGGUGGCCACACAGUUAGUGCAGACGCCAUACAGAGUUCGCUACUUGGAUGCAGAAUGUCUCGUCCUGGACAGUGGCUAAGGUUACUGUUUGCCUCAAGGAAACUCAGAGGAGGGGAUGAACGGUUAGAAUUCGCGAUCGAACGUCCCGAGCCUCUCCUCCACUUUGCGCUUUCCUCAGGCAGCCACUCCGACCCAGCAGUACGUGUAUACACACCGAAAAGGAUCCAUCAAGAACUGGAAAUGGCGAAAGAAGAGUACAUAAGAGCGAGCUUAGGCGUACGGAACCAGAAGAUCGUACUGCCGAAGCUCGUGGAGAGGUUCGCAAAGGAAUCAGGCCUAUGCCCGGCGGCAGGUUUGAUGGAAAUGGUCCAUCAGAGUUUAUCCGAAUCUUCAAGAAAGUGCGUCAAGAAAUCAAGCAAGGCCGUGGAGUGGACCCCUCACAGCUUUUCAUUCAGGUAUUUGAUUUCCAGAGAGGCUGUGAGAUGAGACGCCAUUCUUGAGGCUAUGGAGGUUUUUGUUCAUACUCUUUUCGGACAGGAUGGGAAGAUCCGACAAUCCGGCGACGAUUUUUUCUUGUCUCUGUAUUAUAUGUAAUGUCAUUGAAACGUGGGAGUUCUUCGGCUUGUCUGAUGCCUCGACUCGAGCAAAGUCUUUGUAUAGUAAUUUUUUGUUUCUCGUAGGUGUUCUGUGAAUGAAUUAUGCACACUUCAUGUCCGGAUUGUGGAUUCGUUUUCUUUGUUGUACAGUUUUUGUAAUUUAAUUAUUUUUCUCGCA